AUAUAAUUCCACCCCACAUGGCCAAACCUUUAAGAAAACCCCAGCCCUUUUUUUCUUUUCGGUGUAUUCUUAAUUAGCUUGAAACCCAAGAGUUCAAGUUGUCUGUAAUACUAUAUCCAUUGUUUACAAGUUUCAAGCACUAGACUCGAGAGAGUGAGAGAAAAUAGCACGAGCGUUCUUGUUGUUGUUCUGGGAUUUCAAGGAUUUGGAAAUGGUGAAGAAGACUAAAUUAAGGUGCCUAGAAUAGAGGUUCUUCUGUGUUGUGGAGUGGAGCUUCAAGUUUUGUUUUGUUUUUUCAUGGAAGAAGAAGACAACCUCAAUGCCAACAAACAGACACACGCAUGGUUCUGAAUAGAAACAAACGAAAGAAAUUUCUCAAGCAUGGAUUUUAGCUUGUGUUUCAGCUCUCCAAUCAUUUCACUUCUUGUACAUUUCCUCCUCCUUGUUGCUUCUCUGGCUUGUCCUGUCCGUUCUCAGAUUUUCAAUCAGACUUUUCAGCCCCAGAAAGAGCUUCUGAAACUCAACAUCAUAAGAACUCGUCUCCAGCAGAUUAACAAGCCUUAUGUUAAAACAAUUCAGAGUCCUGAUGGAGAUAUAAUAGACUGUGUUGUGUCUCAUCAGCAGCCAGCUUUUGAUCAUCCUCUUCUGAAAGGACAGAAACCAUUGGAUCCUCCAGAGAGGCCUAAAAUCCAUCAAAACCAAAUGGGUUGGUUCAGUGAGAAUUUUCAGAUAUGGACUUUGUCUGGAGAGUCAUGUCCUGAAGGAACCAUCCCAAUCAGAAGAACAAGAGAAGAAGACAUGUUAAGAGCCAGUUCUGUUCGCAGAUUUGGAAGAAAAAUCAGAGGACGUGUAAGGAGGGACUCAAAUAGUAAUGGCCAUGAGCAUGCAGUAGGAUUUGUGAGUGGAGAUAAGUAUUACGGAGCAAAAGCAAGCAUAAACGUGUGGGUUCCACGUGUGGCAAAUCAAUAUGAAUUCAGUUUGUCUCAAAUUUGGGUCAUUUCUGGCUCAUUCGGGCAAGAUCUCAAUACAAUUGAAGCUGGUUGGCAGGUCAGCCCUGAGCUAUAUGGUGACAGCUAUCCCAGGUUUUUUACCUAUUGGACAAGUGAUGCUUAUCAAGCAACUGGGUGUUACAAUUUAUUGUGCUCUGGCUUCGUUCAAACUAAUAACAGGAUUGCAAUUGGGGCUGCAAUUUCGCCUACUUCUUCUUACAAGGGUGGUCAAUUUGAUAUUAGCUUGCUUAUUUGGAAGGAUCCGAAGCAUGGGAACUGGUGGCUGGAGUUCGGAUCGGGUAUAUUAGUCGGGUACUGGCCGUCGAGGCUGUUCACGCACCUAAGGCAACACGCGAGCAUGGUUCAAUUUGGAGGAGAAAUAGUGAACUCGAGAUCGUCGGGUACCCACACACUGACCCAAAUGGGAAGUGGGCAUUUUGCAGAAGAAGGCUUCGGAAGAGCCUCUUACUUUCGGAACCUCCAAGUCGUGGAUUGGGACAAUAACUUGGUCCCUUUGUCCAAUCUUCGGGUCCUCGCCGAUCACCCGGGUUGCUAUGAUAUUCAAGGCGGCAUUAAUCGUGUGUGGGGAAACUACUUUUACUACGGUGGACCUGGUAGAAAUGUUAGGUGCCCCUAAUUAUAGACCACUUCUUCCGAAAAUUGAAGAGAGAAAAGAGAGAGGUUCAUAUUUUUUUUCUUUUGGCAUUCUUGGGUUUGCUGCUCAGGCUGAUCAUUUAUUGAUAUCAAUUCUUGUUAUAUUUGUACUAUUUUCUUAGGUUUUUGCUUUUGACUAACUAGUCAUCCAUUGAUUAUAGACUCUUGUGUAAAUCUCAAAAGUUGAAUAGUGAAUAUGAUAUCCUUUUUGAUA